AUGGCGAACGGCAGUGGUGUUGCCAUAUUCUGGGACUACGAGAACUGCCCUGCCCCUUCGAAUGGAUCUGGCUACAUCAUAGCAAAGAACAUCUCCGCUCUGGCCCAGCAAUUUGGGACCGUGAAGUCGUUCAAAGCAUAUAUGGAGAUUUCUGAACAACUUCCACGAGCCCUUGUCAUGCGCUCGGAACUACAGUCUUCAGGUGUUUCCUUAAUUGACUGUCCGCACAACGGGCGAAAAGACGUCGCAGACAAGAUGAUGCUAGUUGAUAUGUUGGCACAUGCCAUUGACAAUCCACCACCGUCCACCACCAUCAUCCUCAUAUCGGGCGACCGAGACUUCGCCUACGCACUAUCCAUAUUGAGCCUCAGACGCUAUCACGUCGUACUCCUUACUCUGGCCAACGCACAUCCGAGCCUCACAAUGCAAGCGGCCGUCUGUUAUGACUGGGUGAGCGAGGUCAUUGAUGUCGUCGACUCGCCAAAGAGCCAGUCAGGCAUCACUGGCAGAGCAGGGCAGGGCGUCAACGAUCCCCGCAACGAAAGCCUUGCCGACUCGGUGUCAUCAGGUGUUGCAUCCACAAUUCGAAGGGCUCCGCAGCUGGAAGACGGAAUCAGAAACGAGGAACCUAUCGACAUCACGAACUAUCUUUCUGGUCGCACCCGCCUCAGGCAACCGUCUCAGUCAUCCUCGACCAGCACCUACAAUCUUCAGCUGGUGCCUUUGGAACAGUCGAGAGAAGAUACUACCUAUGUCGGCAGUCGGUCCGUGCAUUCCCCUCCAGCAACCAUUCGAAAUACGUCAGCUCUUCUUCCUUUCCCCAGCACCCUUUGUACACCACUGCAAAGCACGUCCCGAGGACCGUUGAUGGCUUCUGCUCCCAAAAGCUUAUUGGCUCCUCCUGCAGUAGUGAACACAACCUCUGUAUGGACAGCCUCGCAGGACAUCCCUGUACCUGCACAGCCUAAUGUCCGAUCCACGCUGACAUUGGCGGAUAGAGACCGUUCUUCUGUUCUUUUAGACAUGGACAUCGUCGUUGAAGGAGUAUCGACUCCUCGUCCUUCGCCUCGCCCUGCUUCAGCUCCUUCUUUGCUGCCGUCACCACCGUUUCUCCCGCAGUCUCUUCAGCCGGCGCUCAAACCUCCGUCCAUCGCUCCCCCUUUACCUCCUCAGCCACCCCAGCCUUGCACCCCUUCAGCGACAGUCAACGUAGCAGCCACCAUUAAAACAACACCACAAACUGCGAUGACAACGACUAAUACAUCAACGGCGUCGACGAGCCCACCGAACCCGACUGCUGUCGCAUCCGCAGUAGAGGACUCCGGCUCAUUUCCGCCCAUUUUUGCGGUUCUUGUCGAGACUCUGCAGAACCACAGACUGAAAGGAACCCUACGUCCCUUGCGCUCCACGAUCGCCGUACAGAUAGCAAAGGACGGAGUCACGUACAGAAACGCAGGCGUGGACAGGUUUAGCCAAUAUGCUGCUUUAGCACAGAAACACGGUCUCAUUGAACUAGGGGGUUCAGAAGGCACUGCAUGGAUUUCCUUGCGGCCUGGGUGGGGCAAGGCAAACCUGUCUUAA